CAUCACAUUCCCUGACAUGUGGAAUUUAACAAUGACUUAUUUUAAGUACUCAUUUCAGUAAUUAUACAGGUUGUACAGGGAAGGUCAUUAGUGUCGGGCGAGGAUUAACUAUGAAACACAUUAUUUUAAAUUUUUAAUCGUAAAAGCUUUAAAGCAGGUGGAUUAGUUUUGUUUAAGUUUACAAUGUAAAUAGAUUAUAAGAAGUUUCUGGAAAAGUAAUAAGUUGUUUGUGUAGGUCUCUAUGUGUUUAAAUAUGAAUGUUACUGUCCAACCCCCGAUUGAGACGCACUCUUUAUUAUUCUGAAACUUAUUUCGACUGAUUGAUUGAUUGGAAUUCUUCAGGAAGAAUAUGAAUAAUAUAGGAGUGGACAGUGUUUUGAUAUAACCCGCCGUAUGCUGGAUAAUUUAGUGGAGGAAUCGUAUUAAUCAAACAGAUGGCAGUAGAAUCAUCUAGUGUGUAACAAACUACGGGCAAUUCUAUGACAGAUUUGAGAAUUAUGAAGAGGGAGAGAACUGUGAAUUUUACGGAGAUGGCAAUAAAGGAUAGAACGAUGAGGAGGCACUCUGAGGCGAAGGACCUCACUCCGUUAGAGAGGGCGGCCUCCAAGCGACGUCGGAAGUCCACAAUUAAAGCGCUCGUCCAUAUAAGAUGGCAGCUAGUUCGAGAUUACGUUAGAUCAGGGCGCUUCCGUGAAAUGGCGCCAGAGUACGACUUGAUAGAUAGAGGUGGUGACGCCGAUUAUAUCGUGUUCAAAAUGGGAGAACGCGAGAAAACGUUUCUCCAAAAACUCGGUAUGGACACUGGACAAAAGAAAGUGUCAUUUCGUGAAAUAGCUAUUCAAAUGAUGGAACACAAACUCAACUCCAAAGGAUUUGAAGAUCCUAGGGAAAGAAUGUUUUUAGAUCAGUACAAGAAAAGGAAAGAAGAAAGGCGAAUUGCAGAAGAGAAGGCAAAUGCCGAAAAGAAAGUGAAAACGACAAAUGAUCAAAAGCCACAAAAUGGAAACCAGUUGGAAACUUUAGUUGAAGAAAGCAUACCAUCUCUAGACCUAAAUUCAAAUGAGCUAAACGUUCCAACAGAAAGAAGAAAAAGUAGUGUAUUUUUUAAUGAUUCUGUUAGUGAGACAAGGAAGGGUAGUAGUUUUAAUGGAAGCAUCACUGACCGAAGAUUAAGUAUAUUAACGGAAACGGACAGAAGUGUCAACACGGAUAUUCUUCAGGAUGACGUUACAAAAGAUAUAUUUAAUUCUUCCACAUCUCGGAAAUCUACUGCUUCUCUACGCAUGCGCCCUAAAAGGUUGGAUUCAAAUAAUGGAUUCGACUUUGACGAAGGAGAAGAAACAGCACUUGUAGAUUUGAAAUCCUACAAGCCACCGCCCCGAAUUAUUACAAAGACACGUGAAAUGUACCAUAUUGCUUGCGUCAUGUGCGGUGUUGUUCCAUUACGUCAUUUUGUCAAACAAUGUACUGGGAGAUACGUAAACCUUAAUAGUGUCAUGCUGAGUGCCAAAAGCGUAAAACCUAUCGCCAUAUCCCUUGUGAUGGAUAGCCGCGUGGUGGACUUUGAUGUUUCAGAGAACAAUAUAGGUCCACUGGGCACCAUGUACCUGUCAGAGAUGAUGACUCGCAAUAAUUACAUUACAGAACUGAAUCUCAAUUGCACAUGUCCAGGUAAAGAUGGCCUCCGCGUCCUCAGCGAAUCUCUGCCACUGAAUAAAUCGUUGGAGAUCUUGAGACUGGAAUCAAAUAAAAUUCAGCACACUGAAACGCACUUAAUUAACUCUUUAAUAGAGAAAGUUCGCAAUUUGAAAGAAUUAUAUUUGGGACAUAAUGCAAUAGGCUACGAGGGAGGCUGCACUCUCGCAAAAUGCCUCGAGGACAAUACUACAUUAAGGGUUUUAGAUUUACAAUGGAACCAUAUUCGGAAGGAAAGUGCAGCAGCACUGUGCAAAAGUUUGUCGGGAAAUGUAGGUCUGCGAACACUGGACGUCUCGUGGAAUGGAUUGGGUAAAGAAGGAUGUAUAGCCUUGGCAACAUCUCUACCGAAAAACGUUUACCUCAAAUCCUUAGUGAUCACUUCCAACAGAAUAGACAUGUUGUCCCUAAGGUUUCUACUCCAUGGUCUGGUCAGAAACAGAACGCUCGUGUCUCUAGAGAUGGGCCGAAAUCCUAUAACAACAGAGGGCGCUAAGGCUGUGGUCAGAGCAGUGCAAUCGUCUAAAGUUAGUCCACUACAAAGACUGUGUCUUGAUGACAUUUCAGUGGACGAGCAGUUUGUGUUGUUUAUGAAAGAACUAUACGACAAGAAAGGAACACGGGUAACACACGGGGAGCUACUCAGUACCGGAAAUGUGGUGGAAGAAAAGCAGCAUGAUCCACAUGAUCUUAACCGGUUUGAUCCAGUCAUGGUGCUAGUCGAAUAUAUGCGCAUCGACAAUCUUCGACUCAUCGACUUUUUCCAGUACCUUGAUACGAAUUCCCGCGAGAGACUAAGCAAAAGUGACUUCCGGGAAGGAGUAGCGAAUUUGUGUCUGCCCUUGACGGAGCAUCACCUUGAUAUAGUUAUGGAAAAGGUCGACCUGAAGAAAGACGGCUAUGUGGAUUUAGAAGAGUUUAUGACCGUGCAUCGUGAAGUUUCUCGACAGAUCACAUUAAGAACAACGAAAGCCAAAUCGAAGAAGAAGGAGGAUGAGGGGCUGGUCAGUUUACGGAAAAUACUCAAAGAAAUUGUUGAAAAACGCAACAAGUCUCACAAAGAGAAGGCUAGAGAACGUAGUCAGAAGAAAUAUUCCACUGUGCAACUCACGCAACUUGGCGCAGCCAAAAGGCUCUCCGAAUCACAGGCAAAGUCUACGAAAUCGACCAAUCAGCAGCGACGAAAUUCCAUUGAUAGCCCGUCAGCAUCACAGAAAGUAGAAACCAUUAGAAAUGUUUUAGGAGAAUGAAACUGAUUUCUCAUUUUAGCUCACCUAAGCUGUUAGCUUAAGGGAUCUUUUCUGAUCACCUUUUGUACUUCGCCUGUCUGUAAAAUUCAAAUUUUUACUUCUUUUCCAGAUUCACUGGACUAAUUUCAACCAAAACUUGUCAUAAAGCAUUUUUAGGGAAAGGGGGUUCAAGAUUAUUCAAAUGAAGGGCCAUGUCCUUAACAAAGGGAACUAAUUAAAAAAGUGAAAAUACGAUGGCAUCUUCUCAAGAGCCACUCGACUAGAAAAGACACAACUUAUGUGAAAGCUUCCUUAAUGAGUGUAGAUUCAAAUUGUUUAAACCAUGCCCUCCAGGGACACACGGUGGGGCCACAGUAGGGGAUCAGAGUUGGGAUAUAUUGGGGGGAAAUCUUUUAAAAUCUUCUCAAGAACUGCAGGACCUUGAUAAAUCAUUGAUAUGUACACAUCCUCAGGUUAGAGGUGCUUGCCGUUUUCAAGAGGUGCUUGUCGUGUAUGUAUAUAUAUAUAUAUAUAUAUAUAUAUAUGUUUAUAUAUAUAUAUAUAUAUAUAUUUAUAUAUAUAUAUAUAUAUAUAUAUAUAUAUAUAUAUAUAGUCUUUCUGUAAACUAUUCACAAGGUAUUUCAUGCCGUCCUUCGUUUACCGAAUUUUUGCACUAGAGAAGCAGUAGACGAUAUAUGAAGUUGUUUAUCGCCGGUAAAUGGACUUGACUUCCAAUUCAUCAUGACGAUGCGAGAGAUACAUAUAUAUAAAAUCUUGAAAGAAUUGUUUCUAGAUGGUAGGGGUCUAAUUAUUAUUUUGAACCGAACUUUUCGCCGAAAAUUGCAAGCGAUGCAGCUGGUAAAAAAUCAAGAUGGUAUGUGUUCAAAAUUUUUGUGGGAACAAAGAGGGUACACAAUCUUUCAAAAGUCUUCUCAAAAACCGCAGGACCAGGGUGACUAAGAUGAGCGUUGUUGCCUAUGACCCUCUUGUAUCAUUUAAUAACUAUCAUAUAUUUGUUAUGUUUAUAUUUAGCUGUUGGAAUUUGAUAAUAAAAAAGAGAGAAUUUU